CCCGCCCCCGGCGGCUCCGCUUCCGCCCGGUUGCCGGGGAGACGCGUCCAUAGCGCGGAAAUCCCCGCGGGCGCGGAGCCCGCCCGGCGCCGCCAUGAGCCAGCGGCAGGUCCUGCAAGUGUUCGAGCAGUACCAGCGCGCCCGGUCGCAGUUCGCGCAGGCGGUGGCCGACCUCGCCGCCCGGCCGCAGAGCAUCGACACUCUCCGAAGUGCAGAUGUGGUGUGUUUGCUGAGACCUCUUUUGCUGGAUGUCGUCCCGAGUAUUCGACAGAUCGCUGCCUUGGCUCUUGGGAGACUUGCUGAUUAUGAUGUGGAGCUGGCAGAGGCGGUCGUGAAGGCAGGAAUUGUUCCACAGCUCAUAGGUUCACUGCCUGAGGAGAAUCGUUACUACAAGAAAGCAGCUGCAUUUGUGCUAAGAGCAAUUGCUAAACAUUCUCCACAGCUAGCUAAUGCAAUAGUUCAGUGUGGAGCACUGAAUAUGCUGGUGAUUUGCUUGGAAGAUUUUGACCCUGGUGUCAAAGAAGGUGCAUCUUGGGCGCUUGGAUACAUUGCCCGACACAAUCCAGAACUGUCACAAGCUGUGGUGGAUGCAGGCGCUGUUCCUCUUUUAGUGCUCUGUAUCCAGGAGCCCGAAAUUGCUUUGAAAAGGAUUGCUGCUUCAACUCUCAGUGAUAUUUCAAAGCAUUCUCCAGAGUUAGCACAGACAGUAGUGGAUGCAGGAGCUAUCGCUUACUUAGCUCAGAUGAUCCCGAACCCUGAUGCUAAACUGAAGCGUCAGGUGCUGUCAGCUCUAAGCCAAAUAGCAAAGCAUUCAGUGGUUCUUGCACAGUUGGUGGCUGAAGCAGAAAUUUUCCCAGUUGUGCUCACAUGCCUGAAGAACUCAGAUGAAUAUGUCAAGAAAAAUGGUGCAACUUUAAUUAGAGAGAUAGCAAAGCAUACGCCUGAGCUUUCACAGUAUGUAGUAAAUUCAGGUGGAGUUGCUGCUGUGAUUGAUUGUAUUGGCAGCUGCAGAGGGACUGUCAGACUGCCUGGCAUCAUGACACUUGGCUAUGUGGCGGCUCAUUCGGAGAACCUGUCAAUGGCAGUGAUUGUCUCCAAGGGAAUACCACCACUGUGCCUCUGCUUGGUAGAAGAACAUGAAGAUCAUAUUAAGGCAGCAGCUGCUUGGGCCUUGGGACAGAUUGGAAGACACACUACUGAGCAUGCACGUCAUGUUGCAGUAGCAAACGUGCUGCCCACACUGCUCGAUAUCUUUAUGGACCCGCGCAGCUCAGAAGAUCUAAAAACAAAAACUAAGAACGCCUUAGAGAACAUUCUUCAGAAAUGCACGUAUCUUCCAGCACUUGAACCCCUGCUUCAUGAGGCCCCUCUCAGUAUUAUGCAUCAUAUUAUUGCGCAGUUUAGUAAGGUGUUACCACAUGACAAUAAAGCACGUCGUCUCUUUGUAACAACUGGUGGACUUAAAAAGGUUCAGGAAAUAAAAGCAGAAUCUGGGUCACUUCUUCAGGAAUAUAUCAACACUAUUAACAAUUGCUAUCCAGAGGAAAUAGUAAGGUAUUAUUCCCCUGGAUAUUCUGAGACGCUCCUGGAAAGGGUGGAAAAUUACCAACCAGUUUUAUAAACUUCAGUGUUUUAUUAGAGCUGCAUUUCACAUUUAUGUCUUUAUGACUGUAAUACAAAUACAGCUGUUGAAAGCCUUGCUUGAUUCUCAAAUCUCUUUCUACUUUUUGAACUACUGAAAAAGCUCAGCAAUUUUGUUCUUUAUAAACUUGUUUGUUGCUAAGUUUUUGUUCCUUUUUGGUUUACUUUAACAUUACUACCAGAUAUUGCCACAUAUAUGAAUAGAAUUUCAUUCAGGGAUGAUGAUUUAUCACAGAAGCUUUUUUAGAAGCAUUUCCUUUUCCUUCUGCAAGAAAAGUUUGUUAUCUCAUUCAAAUUUUAGCCCUCUCAGUACUAUCACCCUUUUCUCCUUUUGCCUUUGUAUAUUGUUUAAAGCUUCCCAGGCUUGAUAAGGGGAAAAAAGCUGGCCCCUGUGCUUUUUCUAAUUAUGGAAUUCUUUCUGCACUGAGAUAUCUCCUACUGCUACCUUUGAGGAAGUAAAGUGUUGUGAUUUUACAUCUCCAAACAUGUUAGUAGCAGCUAAACAAAGAAAUAAUCAGAGAUGAAGAUGAUACAAGGGCUGAAUUCUUCAUUAUAUGGUAGUGUGGUGAUCCUGGCCUGGUAGAUAAUACAUCUUUUGCAAAAGUCCUCCUAAUUAAGGCAGGAUUUGCUGUGGAGGAAAGGAGCAAUACACUGUUUGGUCUGUGCAUGGUUGUUCCUCUUGAGAAGGACAGAGCAGAACUUCCAUGGACACGAAGGGAAGGACCCUGGGAGGUUUGGUUUGCAGGGGUCAGCAGCACAUUGGUGUGGCUCAGAAGAGAGGAGGUUUGCUUGGCUGCAGGAACACUGAUAGCAAAGUUCUGAGCACAUUCAGAGGGAAUCUGAGGACACUUAGGUUGCACUGAUUGGACUGAUGGGACGGAGGUGGCUUAGGAUUUAUCCUUCAAGAGCUGAAAUAGCUGAAGAGUUAAAACGCAUUUGGAACUUAAGUCUUAAAGCUGCAAGAUCACAUCGACCUAGAGGUAUAAGCUCUUUCCCACCUGAAGAACAUCCUGCAACUAUUUUUACCUUCUUUUGGAGAGUGAAAAGACUUUUACAUUCUGCUUACUCCUCUGGUGUACCAUACAGCAAACAACCCUCUAAUCUUCCCUAAUAUGUAAUUGUCAUUUACCAUUUUUUGUUCUAACCAUUUUUCUUUUUCUCAUUUGCAGCAUUUUGGGGGAGUGUUUGUUGUUUUAUUUUGUUGGGGGUUUUUGUUGGUUGUUUUUUUGUUUGUUUGGGUUUUUAUUUUGGUGGUGGUUUUUUUUUUUUUUGGUUUUGUUUUGUUUUGUUUUUUUGUUUGGUUUGGUUUGGUUUUUUAAAAAUUUUUCCUGAAGGCUCUUAAACAGUGUUUCUGGAAUGGGAUGUGGAAAUACUGGCAGCCACAAGGAAAGACAGUAUUUGAAACCUUCACUGGAGAGAAACUUACCUACUUUCUUAAACAUAAUGGGUUUAUAAAAGAAGGAUUGUCUCAUCUAUUAUCUGUAAUGCAGGAGCAAAGACUGAUUGCAGUUGGAAAUUAUUUAGGGUAGCUUUUCUUUGCCAAAUUCUGAAUUACUAUUUUUUAAUUCUUGCCAGCAUAUUUUUCAAGAGUUCACAAAAAUAUUGGUGGGCUAUCCUAUGUUAAAAUUUAUUUCUACAGAGAGCUGUGCUCCUGCUGUGAGGUACUUGGUGCUCUCAGACUCUGCUUUUCAGGAGGAGCAGGGGAUGCACAGUACCUUACUGUAUGGAGACUGAGACAGAAACUGUUGGAGUCAUGAAUGUUGGUAUAGAAACCACAGCAGAUGGGUUCUUUCCUUAGCCCACAGCUAAGUGAAAACCCUUGGAACUGACCAGCUUCUACCAAAUGCCGUUUUGAUUUUAGUGUUUAUAUUCUGACAUUAAUGCUAGGAUAUUCUGGCACUAUUAAUGCUAGUGGAAAAACUUUGAGACUCUUAACAAGAUUGUUGUUAAGAGUCAAUAAUUUUAAGUCAAUACUCAAUAAUUUUUUCACGUGCAUUAUGGAUAUUUCAAAAUCAAAUCUUGUACAACCUCUGAAACCAAAUGCAAUGGAAAGGCUUCAAGACAGUCUUGAAGCCUCUGUUUUCCCUACCAGAGCAGAAGUGGUGCCGAGGGCUGUGGGCAGAUGGGAGGCAGCAGAGGCAUGGAGCUGUGUCCCACCGCUGCCUCGUGUGCUCGGGAGCACCCCCACCCCACACAAUGCUAAUGUAUAUGUUUUGUGCAGAGAGAGCAAAGAGGCUUCAGUCCCCUGACAAAUGUGCUCCUGCUGUGUCACACUGUGCUACACUGUAAGGAUUCCACAGGGUUAAAUUUCAAUGCCUAAACAAUUUGUUCACAGUCUUUUCACAGUCUUUUUCUGAUUCCUGACAAAGGAAAUGAUUGCACAAGGCAAACCUUCAAAGCGAUCUGAUUGUGUAGAGCACAAUCUAAAUCAGACCUAGCAUAAAUACAUCUUUACAUCCCUGGGCAGCUCUGGCCUAGGCCAGUGGCUGUUUGGCCCCUUGUUGCAGGAUUCCUGGACGAUGCCACAUCCCAUUAGGCUGUGGCAGUGCAAAGUCCUCUCCCGCGUAGUUUGAGACCCGGCAGUUGUUCUUUGCUGGCAGCUGCUUCUCUGCCUUCACAAACACCUUGUGGCUGGAGGCUUCCCUGGAGGUACACGUCUACACAAAACAGAUCUAGCCCUUUACAGCAGAAUUAUUGCUAAUUUGUAUUUUACUAAUGGAACUAUGGCAAGAGUUGCUUUUUUCCUGUAGUGUUUCAAAAGGUGUUUCUUCAGUGUUUCUAUUCCAUCCUCUCAUUUGGUUUAAGUCAUAAUCUAAAACUAUAUUAAUGUUUGUAAUAGCUGCUCUGGCAGGCUUCAAGUGUGUGUCAUUUGUCUCAAUUUCAUAUAAUAAAACGUAAAUUUGCAUUUUAA